AAAUCCAGGCCGUGUUUUGCAGUCGGCUGCAUCUGCCUCUCCUGUCUCUCUUACCUCCUUGAUGUUCGGCACUAUUUGUAGCUGGUGUGGUGGAAGGACACAGUGAGGUUCUCACCCACCGCCCCCCGCCCCUCUUUCCCAUCCCCAUUUCCAUCAAAGCAAAACCGGGGAAGCGCAAGGAUCCCUGAGUUCCGAGUGUGCUACGGCUAGGACUGUCACUCAUUCUCUGAUCAGCGCGUGAACGCAGCUCGGCAGCGGCUGGCAGGAAACAAUUCUGCAAAAAUAAUAAUACCAAGACUGGCAAUUGUCUGCCUGUAGGACUUCUGCUCUGUCGCCGUCCAGACUCAUUGCAAGGGGGGAACACAAAAAAUUACCUUUGCGAGAACAUCCUUCCCAACCAGCAGAUUACAAUGCUGCAAACUAAGGAUCUCAUCUGGACUUUGUUUUUCCUGGGAACUGCAGUUUCUCUACAGGUGGAUAUUGUUCCCAGCCAAGGGGAAAUCAGUGUUGGAGAAUCCAAGUUCUUCUUAUGUCAAGUGGCUGGGGAAGCCAAGGAUAAAGACAUUUCCUGGUUCUCCCCCAAUGGAGAAAAGCUGACCCCAAACCAGCAGCGGAUCUCAGUGGUACGGAAUGAUGAUUUUUCCUCCACACUUACCAUCUACAAUGCCAACAUUGAUGAUGCCGGCAUCUACAAGUGCGUUGUUUCUGGAGAGGACGGAAGUGAAUCAGAGGCCACCGUCAAUGUGAAGAUCUUCCAGAAACUCAUGUUCAAGAAUGCACCAACUCCUCAGGAGUUCAGGGAGGGAGAAGAUGCAGUAAUCGUGUGUGAUGUGGUCAGCUCCUUGCCUCCUACCAUCAUCUGGAAGCAUAAAGGCCGAGAUGUCAUCCUGAAAAAAGACGUCAGAUUCAUAGUCCUGUCCAACAACUACCUGCAGAUCCGGGGUAUCAAGAAAUCAGAUGAAGGAACAUAUCGCUGUGAGGGCCGGAUCUUGGCCCGUGGAGAGAUCAACUUCAAGGACAUUCAAGUCAUUGUGAAUGUACCACCCACUGUUCAGGCCAGGCAGAGCACAGUGAACGCAACAGCAAACCUUGGUCAGUCGGUCCUGCUGAUGUGUGAGGCGAAAGGUUUUCCAGAACCCACAAUGAGUUGGACAAAGGAUGGAGAACAGAUUGAAAUAGAGGAAGAUGACAAGUAUGGUUUCAAUGAAGAUAGCUCCGAACUGACCAUCAGGAGAGUGGACAAGAGUGAUGAAGCAGAGUACGUCUGCAUUGCUGAGAACAAAGCAGGAGAGCAAGAUGCUUCCAUCCAACUGAAAGUCUUUGCAAAACCCAAAAUUAACUAUGUGGAGAACAAAACUGCCAUGGAGUUGGAGGAGCAGAUUACUCUUACGUGUGAGGCCUCGGGAGACCCUAUUCCCUCCAUCACCUGGAGAACUUCCACAAGAAACAUCAGCAAUGAAGAAAAGGCUUCGUGGACUCGACCAGAGAAGCAAGAGACUCUGGAUGGGCAUAUUGUGGUAAGCAGCCAUGUGCGGGUGUCAUCGCUGACACUGAAGAGCAUUCAGUACACAGACGCCGGAGAAUACAUCUGCACAGCCAGCAAUACCAUUGGCCAGGAUUCCCAGGCUAUGUACCUCGAAGUACAAUAUGCCCCCAAACUUCAGGGUCCUGUGGCUGUGUACACCUGGGAAGGGAACCAGGUUAACAUCACCUGUGAAGUGUUUGCCUAUCCCAGCGCCACCAUCUCAUGGUUCCGGGACGGGCAGCUACUGCCAAGCUCCAACUACAGCAAUAUCAAGAUAUACAACAGCCCCUCGGCUAGCUAUCUAGAGGUGACCCCUGACUCUGAGAAUGACUUUGGAAACUACAAUUGCACCGCAGUCAAUCGGAUUGGUCAGGAGUCCUUAGAGUUCAUCCUUGUCCAAGCAGAUACCCCAUCUUCACCAUCCAUCGACGAAGUGGAGCCAUAUUCCAGCACAGCACAGGUUCAGUUUGAUGAGCCUGAGGCCACAGGUGGGGUGCCCAUCCUCAAAUACAAAGCUGAGUGGAGAGCCGUGGGUGAAGAGAUGUGGCAUUUCAAGUGGUAUGAUGCCAAGGAAGCAAACAUGGAAGGUAUUAUCACCAUCAUGGGCCUGAAGCCAGAGACAACUUAUGCCGUCCGAUUGUCUGCCCUCAAUGGAAAGGGACUGGGGGAGAUCAGUGGGGUCUCCGAGUUCAAAACACAGCCAGUCCACACCCCUCCUUCACAAGGAGAACCCAGUGCACCCAAGUUGGAAGGACAGAUGGGAGAAGAUGGGAACUCUAUUAAAGUGAACUUGAUAAAACAGGAUGAUGGAGGAUCCCCCAUCAGACACUAUCUGGUCAAGUACAGAGCGAAGCUGUCUUCAGAGUGGAAACCUGAGAUCAGACUCCCCUCAGGCAGUGACCAUGUCAUGCUCAAAGCCCUGGAAUGGAAUGCAGAGUAUGAGGUCUUCGUGGUGGCUGAGAACCAGCAGGGGAAAUCCAAGGCAGCCCAUUUUGUAUUUAGGACCUCUGCCCAGCCCACAGCUAUCCCAGCCAAUGGCAGCCCCACCACCAGCCUGGGCACCGGUGCCAUUGUGGGCAUCCUCAUUGUUGUCUUUGUCCUCGUCUUGGUGGCUGUGGACAUCACCUGCUACUUCCUGAACAAAUGUGGCUUGCUCAUGUGCAUUGCUGUCAACCUGUGUGGAAAAGCUGGCCCAGGUGCCAAAGGAAAAGACAUGGAGGAAGGCAAAGCUGCAUUCUCGAAAGAUGAGUCCAAGGAGCCCAUAGUAGAGGUCCGGACAGAAGAGGAGCGGACCCCAAAUCAUGACGGAGGGAAACACACAGAGCCAAAUGAGACCACACCACUGACAGAGCCAGAGCUGCCAGCUGACACCACAGCCACUGUCGAGGACAUGCUGCCUUCUGCCACCACCGUCACCACUAACUCUGACACUAUCACCGAAACUUUUGCCACUGCUCAGAACAGCCCCACCAGUGAGACCACAACCCUGACUUCUAGCAUUGCCCCUCCAGCCACAGCCAUCCCGGAUUCCAAUUCGGUGCCAGCUGGCCAGGCCACUCCCUCUAAGGGCCCAGUAGUGUCUGCCUCCUCCCCACCACCUGCAUCAGCCCCCAAAGUUGCCCCCCUUGUUGACCUGAGUGAUACCCCAACCUCAACUCCUGCAGCUAGCAAUUUGUCUUCUAGUGUUCUGGCUACCCAGGGGGCUGUCCUCAGCCCCAGUGCCCCUACCAGUGUGGCAGAGGCCUCCAAGACUCCUCCUGGGAAUAAGGCAGUCCCAACUCCAACCCCUACCAAUUCCACCAGUCCCCUGGCUGCUGUCUCAGAGCCCCCUCAGGCCAAACAGGAGCCAGCCGCCACCAAAGGCCCGGACCAGGAGCCCACUCCGCCCAGCACGGUGAAGAGCCCGACAGAGGCAGCCACGACCCUCACUAGCCCGAAGAGUGAGGCUGCCUCCGUCAACACUGCAAAACCCUCCCAGGGCGAGGACUUUAAAAUGGACGAAGGGACCUUCAAGACCCCAGAGAUUGACCUUGCAAAGGAUGUCUUUGCAGCCCUGGGUUCUUCUGCUCCCGCCCCUGCAGCGAGUGGGCAAGCCCCUGAGCUUGCUUCUUCCCCUGCAGAAAGCUCUGUGUCGACUGCACCAACAAAGACCGAGAAAGCCCCAGUAGAAGGAAAGUCCGUGCCCCAGGAGACAGAAACCCAGCCAACUCCAGCAGAAGUCAAGACGGUCCCCAACGAAGCCACACAAACAAAUGGAAACGAGAGCAAAGCGUGAUCAGUGAUGGGAAAUUAAAAAGCAAACAUCAAAUUAAAAAGUUACAGAACCACUUCCCCGGAACAUCUCUAGCAUCACACGCACACACGCACACAUGCACACAUACACUCACACAUACACUCAGACUCACACAUCUCAUUCCUCUAGUGUCUUUUGCCUUUAAAAAAAAUCAAAAAAUCAGACAAAUAAGUAAACAAAUUGGGAUCUCCUUUUUGUAGAUUUGUUAAAAGGAUCCCUUUGUUGUGCACUCACUUGUAAGGAAAUUUAAAAGAAAAAAAAAAGUUGAGCCCACAGCCAAACUAGGACACUCCAUUCCCUGAAAUCAUUAACAAAAACAAUCAAACAGACAACAACAAACCCCACCGAGUUAAGAAUCUAGGAAGCUCAGAACAAAUCUAGGUUUAGGAAGACCAUACUUUGCUUUCUCGGAUUUAGCAUCCGAGCAGCUUCAGAGAAGUACUUUCUUCAGGCACGAUGACUAACCGAAUGAACAAAGUCCACAAUUUAUUUUUAUACUUUUCAGUCGAGUUUGAACUAUGUAAAGCCUCAUAAAUAAGUUAUAAUUUCUGUUCACUUUGUAUUUGUUCAGUAUGCAAAGUGUGUCACCCUUUCUAGCUGAAUUCAGUUCCCACGUAGAUUCGUUUUGUAGGAAGAAUGCCAAAUUGCAGCUUCUGGGGGUAGAUUUCAAUUUGCAGUAUUCGGACUUCUUUUCAUUUCUUUUCUUUUUCUUUCUUUUUUUUCUGCCAACUUUAAUUUCCAGUGUUUACAAAUCAAGAAAUGUUUGACUUUGGUUUGCGUUUCAAUGUCCGUAUAAAAUAGCUACCUUCUUUUUUGUUAGUUUGUUUGUUUGUUUUUCAACAUAAGGGAUACAGACUAGAGGUAGUAAGUUCUUUGCACACUUGCUUGACAUAGGGAGACUUUUCCAAAUCUGAAUGUUGACAGUAGCUGUUCCCCAUUUCUUCUGUUUUCUUCCUCGACCUUUGGCUAACCUAGGUAAAAACCAGAUUUUCUCUGGCUCUUUGCUUUUGGUUUGGGGGGGCCCAGGCUGCUUGCUGAUUACCCACUAGCUGCAUCCAAGAGAUACUCUUCUUUUCUAGGGAUUCUGACCCUUUCCUUGGAUGACUUCUCCCUAGGUUUUGCUAAGUGAGGCGGAGAUUGUACAGUUGGGGCUGGUCUUGGCAAACACAUUUUAACCCCAACCAUCCCCCCUUUUUUUAGAAAGCCAAAUGAAAAGGUAUAUGCAAACAAUUCCUUUUUAGCCCAUAAAUCUAGAUUUGAGCGGAAGAGCAUGUAUGCUUCGGGGAAUUGGUGUCUUUUUUUGGAAAUCUGUCGAACGAAGUAAAGCAACAUGGGCCUUCUGUUCACUUGGGCAGCACCAGUGAGAUCUGCUGUCCUGAUUCAUAGUAUAACUCUCCUGGAUUAGGAACUGAGUGGGGGGGGCGGGAAAUACAGGAACUUUAAAAGGGGGUGGGAGGGGAGAAGGGUAAGACCAGCCCUUUGUAUAGAAAUUUUUCUUUUUUUUUUUUCCUCAUUCUACUUUAGAACUGCAAGCUUGUGCACUGUGGAUGCGUGAAUAUUUUAGUGUGAAACGUGUUUUUGUCAUAGUAUUGAAAUAAAACUUCAACAUAGUUUGGUUGUGGAAGGUGUAGAAGAUAGUUCAGAAAAUUAUUCAGGAAAUAAAAUAACUCUUAAAAGGAACAGAAGCCUUUAAACAAAGAAAAAUAAAUAAUGAUGAUGAUGAUGGUGAUUAUAAGUAAACAAAAACCAAUACUCCGGCAUGCAUUCCUUUCCUAAGGUAUGAUAAGGGAAGAGGUUAGGGUGGUGAGAUUGUCAUCUGAGCCCGUUCCAUUAAAGCCACACUCUCCAGUGUACUCACAAUUCUGUAGUCUAAACAGUGGCAAUGCUAGAUUAUGAUUUCAAACUGUGAAAAACAAUGGUCUUGUCAUUUGCUAAAUGUGGGGUGCUCUUUAUUUUUCUCAGUUGGGUUGUGGGAUUUUCUGGUUACUUUUGCAUUUUUUUUCAGCUCCGGGGGAAGGAAAUGGAGGCCCCUUUAUGCACAACCCUGGCCUG